UUUAUCAAUUAUAGGACCUUUUAUUUUAUUUUUCUUUAAUAAUUCCAACUUGAGUUGUUUUACAUGUAAUGUGCAGUGAGCGUGAGAAGCGGGUGAUUACAAAACUGAGAUCUAAGAAAUUUUAUAUAAUACCCAAAAAAUAGAUUCUAGUAUUGGUAGUCUCCAAAGAAGAUAAAAAAUGGUGGUCUAUAUAAAUGACAAAGAGGUCUCUCACAUUCUCACUACUCAUCAUCAAGUUUUCAUUUGUCUAGAUCUGUUUUUUUUUUCUCUUUUCAAAAUAUUAUAAGUUUCAAAGAGAAAAAUCAAGAAUGAUAUCAGUAGUGAUUAUAACUGAGCUACUAGUUGAGUACACGACGGCUCUAGCUAAACUCACCGCCGGGAUUCUUCCACGGCGUACCGGAGAUAGAAACUCCAUAAGGAUUGGUGGUUUCCUCCUUCCAAUUACACCUUCUUCCACGUCGACGAUUCCUGAUUUCUCUUCUCAUCUCGUCGACUUCUGAUUUUGUUACUUCUUUUUCUGGUCUCAUUACUAAGUACUUUUUGACUUCAGAUUUGCUUCGUCUCUCUUUAUGACCUAACCGACUGAGAGUUUUACCUGAGUGUCUCGUCGUCAUCUUGAACCGCAUAGAGCUUUGUAUAUCCGUAUCUAAUUUUAUAUAGAGAUAAUUAAUGGUUUUGAAAAGAACUAAUAAUUUUGUUCGAGCUUUUUUUUUGUUUGUUUCCAUGUAAUUUAGCAUUUUAACAUUGUCGUCAAAGCUUAUGAACUGUACUGAUCUCUAUUUUGUUCAAUGAAAUCUUGUGAGCAUUUAUUCUUUA